AAAAAAUUUUUGCCGACGCGAUAAAGAAGUGAAUACACAUACACAUUUACUUUCUUGAAGCCAGUGAAAUACAUUUGCCAAAUCCUUUUAUAAUGCCGAAAAACGGAAGUGCUGGUCAUCGGAAUAAUGCCCCUAGGAAGCGCCAAGUGCCGGUUGCCCAGCUGGACGAAGAGAAUCCCAUUGUCCAACAAUUUCGAAUUUAUUCCAAUGAAUUGACUAUGAAACACGAUCGCCACGAGCGGAUUGUCAAGCUUAGCCGCGACAUUACCAUCGAGUCUAAGCGGAUGAUCUUUCUACUGCACUCCAUUGACUCGCGUAAGCAGAAUAAGGAGAAGGUCCUGGAGGAGGCACGUCAGCGUCUGACCAAGCUAAUCGAAGUGAACUUCAGGGCUGUAGCCCUGGAACUGCGCGACCAGGAUGUCUACCAGUUUCGCAGCUCCUACUCUCCCGGACUGCAAGAGUUUAUCGAGGCCUACACCUACAUGGAGUACCUGUGCCACGAGGAUGCCGAGGGUGAGAACGGAACCAAGAGCGUUUCUGAUUGGCAGGCCAUUCAGGCGGUGAUGCAGUACGUCGAGCAAAGCAGCAAGCCAAAGGAAGAACCAACUGAAGGCGAAGAUGUGCCGGCUAUAGCUCAGGACGAGAGCCCCAAGAAAUUCCAGUUCUUCGUGGACCCCACGGAAUACAUACUGGGACUUUCCGAUCUAACAGGGGAACUAAUGCGACGCUGCAUAAACUCGCUGGGCAGUGGUGAUACAGAUGCCUGUUUGGAGACCUGCAAGACCUUGCAGCAUUUCUACACUGGUUACAUAAGUCUGAACUGUCAGAGAGCUCGGGAACUUUGGCGUAAGAUCACUACCAUGAGGCAGAGCGUUCUUAAGGCCGAGAAUGUCUGCUACAAUGUAAAAGUUCGCGGUGGAGAGGCUGCCAAAUGGGGCGCCACUUUUGAUCAAAAGCCAGCUGAUGAAGUGGACGAGGGCUUCUACUAAUGGAACUCCAUAGACAUAAGUUUUCAUCAAGAAAAUAUAUAUAAUGCUUAUUA